AUGUUAACUAGUAGAGUGUGUAAAGAGUUUGAUAGUUUGAGGGAGAAAAUUCCCGAUGAAUUGGAUGAUACUGAAAGUUAUAUGUCUACAAGUGGAACGCUCACGUUGUACUGUCCUGAUAAACAAUGUAAAACUUAUAACAAUAUAGUUAACGGUGGGUGCUUAUGGUUAUUAGAUACAUUUUAUGGUGGUAAAACAGUUUUUUCGUAUUAUGCAGAUGGCAAGAUUGGUAUUGUUGUAUAUAUUAUGAUGUGGUUAGGCUAUAAAUUAAAUCAAAAGUUAAACAGUCAAUUCCCCAAUAUAAAUAAAUUUUACGAUAAAGAUAUGAAAAGUUUCUAUGAGUAUACAAAGAAAAUAAAUGAUGUUGAUGGUUAUAGUAGUUAUAACGAUCUUAUAAAUAAACAUAACUAUGUGUUAGAUAUUCCUAAUGAAAAUAUGUCUAAAUUUUAUGAUGCAUUUAAAUCAUUAUGUAAAUUGUAUACUGAAUGUGAUGACAACGAUUCAAAUUACAAUAGUUAUUUAGAAAAGACUGAAGAAUUUGUUAAAAAAUAUGAACAACUUAAGAAAGAUUUUGAUAUUACUAAAGACGAUCCAUAUGGUAAACUAUUUUCAAUAUUAUCAAAGGAUUAUGAUAAUUUAAAAAAUAAAUGUAGUUAUUUUCCACCUCUUCUAACUUAUUCACUAAUUUCAAUUGCACUUAUAUUUGUUGCAAUACCAAUUUUUUUGGGAAUUUCUUAUAAGUAUUCAUUAUUUGGAUUUCGGAAACGAUUUCAAAAACAAAAAUUAAGAGAAAAAAUAAAAAAUAUAAUGAAGAAAAUGAUUCAUUAA